CUGUAAAACAUACGUGGCAGGAAGAUUUGAAGACUCUAAAUUGCCCAUUAGGUGGGAGUGUGUGUGCAAACGUUUGUUUGUUCAUAAGUGCCCUGAGAUUGGCUAGCGACCACUUGAAGGUAUACCUUGCCUCUUACGUGAAGAUACCAGGGAUGGGCUGCAGCACUUGUGACACCAGUGAGGAUAAGCGUGGAGACGGAGCAACCCUUCCGAGAGUUCAGUGUCCCAACCACCCCGAUGCAAUUCUGGUGGAGGACUACCGGGCAGGGGACAUGGUUUGCCCCGAGUGUGGUCUUGUCGUAGGUGAUCGAGUGAUUGAUGUUGGCUCUGAGUGGAGGACGUUUUCCAACGAGAAAGCCCUCAAAGACCCAUCCAGAGUGGGAGAUGCCCAGAACCCACUGCUGAAUGGAGGAGACCUCACCACCAUGAUCAGCAAGGGGACUGGCGCCGCUAGCUUUGAUGAGUUUGGCAACUCCAAGUACCAGAACCGCCGCACCAUGAGCAGCUCGGACCGCGCCAUGCUCAACGCCUUCAAAGAGAUCACCACUAUGGCGGAUCGCAUCAACUUGCCGAGGAACAUCAUAGAUAGAACCAACAACCUAUUCAAGCAAGUUUAUGAACAAAAGAGCCUGAAGGGCAGAGCGAACGACGCCAUCGCAUCGGCUUGCCUCUACAUCGCCUGCAGACAAGAAGGCGUCCCGAGAACGUUUAAAGAGAUCUGCGCCGUGUCCCGCAUCUCCAAGAAGGAGAUCGGCCGCUGCUUCAAGCUGAUCCUGAAGGCCCUGGAGACCAGCGUGGACCUGAUUACCACGGGAGACUUCAUGUCCCGUUUCUGCUCCAACCUGGGCCUGCCCAAGCAGGUGCAGAUGGCCGCCACCUACAUCGCCAUGAAGGCCGUGGAGCUGGACCUGGUGCCCGGCAGGAGCCCCAUCUCCGUGGCCGCCGCCGCCAUCUAUAUGGCUUCGCAGGCCUCCGCCGAGAAGAAGACGCAGAAAGAAAUCGGAGACAUCGCCGGUGUCGCAGACGUCACCAUCCGACAGUCGUACCGGCUCAUCUACCCUCGCGCCGCGGAACUUUUCCCACCGGACUUCAAAUUCGACACGCCUGUCGACAAGCUGCCCCAACUGUGAUAAAGAUCUUUUCCUCCUCCAAAAGGAUGACUUUGUUUGCUACUUUCUUUUUUUUUUGUCGCUGGUUUUUCUCGUCCCCCAAAUUUCAAGCCCGUGUCACGGCAACCUUGCAGCAGAAACGUGGACCCACAGUCCACUGAUAUCUUGUGAGAGAACUCUACCCAUUGACGGACGUGUUCAAGUGGGGAAACUGCCCGGAAUUUUAGGCUGGUUUCAUACUUUAUACAUUUUUUUUUUUUUUUUGUAGGAAAGUGUUUUGCUUCAAUUUUGCUAGUUUGUUUGAACUGUAAUUUAAAACAAUAAAACUUCUCAUCGGAAAUGAGACUACAGAUUGAAGAACAUCACCUUUUUCUAUGGUUUGAACGGUUGCUGAAUCGCAGAUUCUGGUAAAUAUAGAAAUGCUACAAAUGUAUCUUUAUGUAUGCCACCAAUGAAGUGUCAGGGAAAACAAUUUCUUGAAAUAGUUUUCAGUUCCACUAGAAAACAGAAGGUACAAUUAAUCAGCAUAUCAACAUAUUGGCGUUUGUACUACAGAAUAAUAGGGCUGUAAUUACAAGAUAUUUUUGGAAAAGUAUUCUACAGAUGAUCCCAUCAUUUAAUUAUGUAAAUACGUAACAGAUUUUCCAUUAAACAAUUGUGAGCUUCAACAAUCCAAUCAUUUUAUCUAGUAAUGAUAAAAAUUGAGCGGCACGGUGGUUCAGCUGGUAAAGCGUUGGCCUCGCAGUUCUGAGGUCACGGGUUCAAUCCCGGACCCGCCUGUGUGGAGUUUGCAUGUUCUCCCCUUGCCUGCGUC